AAGUUACGGUCGACGACAUCCUGGUGUUUGCACACGCGGUCUCCUUGGCUUCCGUAAUGAACGUGAGUAUGAAAGGCCUUGGAGGUGCGGCCAUCCUACGUUUGAUGCAUGUGUUGAAGUGCAAGUGAUACACGCUGUAAAAACAUGGUAAGAAGACCAUUCAACUUCGGCGUCUAGUCACUUCUGAGCAGAUCCAAGGAAGUUCUCCGAUCAGAUAACUCCGAAACAGUGCCUGCGCAUCAACUCUUCUUCCAUUCUAACUGUCAGAAAAGCACCAUGGUCGUCCGUCUUACUGAUACCUGAACUCAUAUAGUAGAGUAACCUAAGAUGAGUCCUAACACGCAUCAUUACUAGCGAGAAAGCACUCGAAAAGUCAUGCAGCCCCCAUUCGAACGCUUUCGUAUUCUGACUGCACCAUUAGAACUUGAACAUGUUAAUGCACAGUCUAGAGACCUGUCUAGGCGUAUUUUUAACCUGAGAGCAUCGUCUAAUCCCCAGCUCGUGGAGAGGGUGGAGGAUCUAUUCAAGGUGUAUACAGACCUCCAAUGGGUAUGUCGAGACAUAGCAGGGGACUUGAGAACGGGAGCUGUUGAUUUACGAUACGCAAUACUAAGCACCCUCAGGGAUGAUGGCCUGGAAAUAUCGUUGAGGCUCCGUAUUCUGGAUUCAUGGAUAACGAGAAUGAAAACUAAGCGACAGCACGCCGUAGCUCUUCCAGGAUAUUUUCAAGACCUAGCUUCAGCGUUCAGGCGGGAGGCGCAGGGCUUGAAAUACUCCGCACCUAACGAUUCAGAAACCGUACCGGCAUCCUCUAUUGUCACUCAGGUCUCCACUUGGUUCGGGAAAAAGACCAACGACCGCUCUGGAGAGUAUACCCGUUCGUCUAGUUCUUACACAAGGCUUUCUGGUCCAUCGCCUACGGCCAGUGUUCCUCGCUCUCAAUUCAGUGCAACUUCGGGGGUGUCAUUGGCUACCAAAGUGUCACAAGGUGCGGCAAGGUGGACUGGGGUGAAACAAGGACUAACUCUUCUCCAGAAACUCAAUAAAUCUUCCCUAUCUACGAUUCACUCUUGGGGAUGGGAGUUCGGCCGUAACCAGAAUACACGCCUGCAGACGACACAUUCACUCAUGGAGAUCGCCAGUGCUCUAGAUUCCCUAGGUACAGACGUGGAAGUGUUCACGGAAAUAUAUGAUCAGCUAUUCCGGGAGAUUGGCAAGACAAGGUCUUCACUCUCCACCGCCACGCGCAAAGACGAUCCAGCAAUUAUUCUCGAACUAAACUCACUUCGUCCUCGUCUCGAAUCAUAUGCUCACAUUCUUGAAAUAUAUCAAAAGUCCGUUUAGCCAUGACUAUGACACUAUGAUGUAUGCCCCCAUUAAUGAACUCGAUAACUUCUACCAAGCUGAUUCAUUAAUGAGAGCUCGCAAAUUUAUCCGAAAGUGAAGCACAUCGAUAUCACGGGUAGCAGGAGAGGAAAAUAAUUGAGAAUGCGCAGCUACUGACACAAAUGUGAGAGGUAUGAGAGGCCAACGAUGACGAGUCAUUAAAUACUACCGACCAAACCAUAUUAAUCGUAAUCGAAAACAAUAGCACAAGGAAUAAGCGGUGCGUGACUAAAAAGAGAGAUAGCAAUGUGAGAUGAAGGAACGGAGAAACGGAUUCAGAAGGAUCGGACGCUUGGUAUGCGUGUGUAUAAGUCAUGAGACGGGGGAUAGGUGUAUGUAAGGAAUGACUGCUGAGUUAAUCAAAUCAAAGAUGUGUGUCCAUUCUGUUGCUGCUGCUGCUGCUGCUGCUGUUGCUGAGACUUGCCCGGGUCUUGACCAAAGUUCCCAAACGCAGGUCCCGAACCGAAAAGGUUCGCACCCAUGCCUCCUCCGGAGCCAGGAUUACCCGUGAACUGACUACCCAUCCCUGUCGGCAUGUUUGCGAACGCCGGUAAUGAGUUGGAAUUGG